AUGAACACUCAAACCACGGCGGCGCAACACCCCUCCUCCGCUGCCGCCCUCCGCCUGAGGAGCACAAGGAACCACACGAAAAGUGCCCACGGCGAUGAAGAAGCGGAUGACAAGGCUGAGGUGGAGAAGAAGAUAGUGGCGCUGCAGAAGAUAGUUCCCGGCGGAGAGAAGCUGCCGGUGGAGGAGCUGUUUCAAGAGACGGCGGAGUAUAUAUUUGCGUUGGAGAGCCAAGUUGAGGCAUUGAGGUUUCUUGCUGCCUUCGUUCAAACCUCCCAGAAGAGAAAGAGGAAGCUUGGUGGUUAA